AUUCCGGCCACCAGAGCGGAGGUGCCGAGGAGAGGGGCGCCGCGGUCCUCCUCCCCGGGCAGGGUGCUCCCUCGAGGGGGGCCGGGGAACUGAGGGCGUCCCCUUCUCUCUCCGGGGCGGGGGUGGGGGGCGGAGCCCAGCGCGCCGCUCCCCAACCCCCAGGGCUGGCGGGGACCCCCCCAGGGGAGGGGCUCCGGGUGAGCGCUGCGGGGCGUCUCCCUCGCAGUCCCGCCCGCCCCUCCUGCCGCCCCUGCCGCGCGCGCCGCAGCAGCGCCGCCUUCCCUGCGCAGUCGGUGUCUCCGCGUCGCUGGGUGGGACUUGGCUGGGCGGCCAUGGGCAAGCAGAACAGCAAGCUGCGGCCCGAGAUGCUGCAGGACCUGCGAGAGAACACGGAGUUCUCAGAGCUGGAGCUGCAGGAGUGGUACAAGGGCUUCCUCAAGGACUGCCCCACAGGAAUCCUCAACGUGGACGAGUUCAAGAAGAUCUACGCCAACUUCUUUCCCUACGGUGACGCCUCCAAGUUCGCCGAGCACGUCUUCCGCACCUUUGACACCAACAGCGAUGGCACCAUAGACUUUCGGGAGUUCAUCAUUGCGCUGAGCGUGACCUCGCGCGGCCGCCUGGAGCAGAAGCUCAUGUGGGCCUUCAGCAUGUAUGACCUGGACGGCAACGGCUACAUCAGCCGGGAGGAGAUGCUGGAGAUCGUGCAGGCCAUUUACAAGAUGGUUUCGUCCGUGAUGAAGAUGCCGGAGGACGAGUCGACCCCGGAAAAGAGGACUGAGAAAAUCUUCCGCCAAAUGGACACAAACAACGACGGCAAGCUGUCCCUGGAGGAGUUCAUCCGCGGGGCCAAGAGCGACCCGUCCAUCGUGCGUCUGCUGCAGUGCGACCCCAGCAGCGCCUCCCAGUUCUGAGAGGAGCCAGGUCCCCCUUCCUCCCUCCCUUCACCGGCCCCCUCCCGGCUCUUAGCUUCCUCUCCCUUGUGUGUAUUCUGGCUGGGGGCCAGAUUGGGGAAGCCCUUCUCCCCGGGUCUGCCCUGUGGGGGGCUUCCGGAAAAGGGAACCCUGCGGUACCCCCAGGCCAAAGCAAGUAAGCGGUUAGCACCCCCCAAUCCCAGAGGCAACAACAGAGACACAGGCUGGGUUGGUCUGCCCCUCAGUCAGGCCCCCUUACCCACCCACCAGCCCCGAGGCCAGACCCCUCUCCCAAAGGGGCAGUCCCGGUCUUGCAGGUCUCAGCUUGGGGGUGGGGGGGAGUCAUGCCCAGGGGAGGAGCCUUUUUAUCUGGAGGGGAGAGAAGGAUUCUAGGGGUGUGGAGUUGGAGAAAGAGGCUUCCUUGAGCCACCCUUCCCACCCUAGCCCUUGCUGGUCCCUAGGCCAAGCCACCAAGUGAAACCUUCCAGGAUACUAGCCCGCCAGCUGUGGGUCCCAGAAAGCCCGCCUGCCUUUUAGCACUUAGAUACACACAGACCCACGGAGCUCUCUGUUUGGCCUCUCACACACACACAGGCCUAUAGACAGAUGGGCAGAUGCACCCAGAGCCCCAUGCACAGUGUCCUGCGUGGGAAAGACACGGCCCCCCCGGCUGAGCCCCUGUCCUCCCCUCUGUCCCCCCAACCGCCCCCCCCUGCAUGCAGCCAAAUGGAGCAUCUCUGUUCUUUUUAAUAAUUUCAGAAUAAAGUCUCAUUUCAGUGCA